CAGAGAAAUCUGGGUUGGAGAAAAGAGUAAAUUCAUGUUUUUCUUUGGUUUUGUAUAAAAUACUCCAGAAUGUGAGAUUUGUGGGUCAUACUGACAAGCUUCUGAAUAUGAGAAUUCACAGAAACACGUUUUUCUUUGUUUUGUGAAAAUUAGAAUUUGCAUGUCAAAUUUCAUGAAUCACAUUUUUUUGUUUUGUUCUGACCAUCCACAGGCCCGCCGCUAGAGGCGCUGACGAGUUUGAGAAGUGAAGACGGAAAAAAGGAAACGGAGCAGUUCACAUAAAAGUCCUUUCAUUCGAGCUUUGCCAUUUUCAUGGUUUUUGCUACAAAAAAAUGUGUUACUGAUAUAAUCUUUAUUUUCUGUAAAUCAAGAUAUUAAUAUCUUCAAAACAACAUGUUUGUGUGCAUCUCUUCAAAAUAUUAUGACAAAAACACAAUAAAAUGAUUUAUUUCAAAUUUAGCCAACAAACUGUGAAAGAAGUAACUUGUGGGUGUAACAGAAGACUUUUCUUCAUUCAAGCAGAUGAAAAAGAAGUUUGGUCACAAAUGUAAAAAAAUUGAUUUGCAUGGACAAAUGUACUAUUGCAUGGAAAUGAUUGUGCUUAUCUAACCCAAACGCUGGACCAGCUGACGUGAUAUCAGCUUCAUAAAGGCAUUGUGUGAAAUUAAUGCAUUUGCAAAUUGAGAACCUGCCCUUGCAUGAUGGCGGAUGAGUGUGUCCGUGGGGCAGACCGCAACAUUUCUGUCCCUCAGCAGCAGUGAAGCAUCAGGAAGAGCACAAUCACACUCACUGCAAACACAUUUGGGAGCUCUGUUUCCAGAAGAGAAAAAAUGCCCCGGAAAGACCCGCUCGUUUCGUCAUUUUGAGAUCCGAAGGGGAGGAUUUCUUCAUUCCCAGAAAAUUUCUCCGCAUGACCCGCAUCAUUUUGGGAGGUAACAAAGUGGAGCACGCGCGUCUUUCCUCAUUCACAAAUGAUACAAUGUAACGGCGCUUUGAUCAGAUCAUCCGGAGCUCAUGUUUGUGCGCGCGGUAAGAUCGCAUCCCGAUUCUCUCAAAUGUGAUCUGAAUGUGCAUGGAUCUGUUGAUUUUUUUUUUUUUUUUUUUUCUCUUUUUUUUUCCCCCCCUCUUUUUUUUGCGGAGCUGCUUUCGAAAUAAAGUUUUGCAGCGAGUUUGUGUUGCAGUGAAUUGUUGCAUGGCUCGUUCUGUUCUCAGGUCUGUGAGCUCGGUGGCUUUUGCGGGAAAUCUGUGGAGUUGAAAUCAGACGGGGUAGGGUAGAAUCUGAAAACACAAAAAGCACACGCAGCAGCCAUGUUUGCUGAAUUUUCCUGUGAAUUUUAGCCCGACUCUUGUCUGUCGAGCUCAGGGAAGGAAAGGUCGGCUGGAGCUGCUCUGUGUCUCUCUAAACAACUCCUCGCGCUGAAGUUUGAUGCAGAUCUUACUCUUGUUUGGCUGAAUUCGAGAAAAGCAGACCAGGAGGGAGAGAAGUAGAAGAGAGCGGUUGAGCUCUGCACCACAAGUUUCCUGUGCUCUUGCUGAGCAGUCCUGGAGUCAUGAGUUGUCAGGAGGUUCCUAACCCCAGCCAGGAGCCGAAGGACACAGCUGUGGUCCCCACAGAGGCAGGAGCCACACAAGCGGUACCGACAACAUCCCCGAAGCUUCCCCCAGUCACCGUAAAGACAGAGGUGGCUUCCACCGCCGAGUCUGUGGCCAGUAAUGGCAAAGCGAGUGACGGCAACAUACCUGCUGAGAUCUGUGUGGUUUUGGGUAGCUCUCGCAACUCUCAAACACAAGGCUCUUACGUCUGUGGAGUAUGUGGCAAAAAGUACAAAUACUACAACUGCUUUCAGACGCAUGUCCGAGCUCACACAGAGGCCGAGGGCACUGCUUCAGGAGAAGGAGCAUCUCUGGGAAUUAAUAGUUCUUUCCGCUAUACAUGUGACGUAUGUGGGAAGAAAUACAAGUACUACAGCUGUUUUCAGGAGCACCGAGACCUCCACGCAGUUGAUGAUCCAUAUGACCAUGUGAUACCUGUAGAAGACCUAAAAGAGGAGACUGAAUCCUACCAGAAAAUGGGGCCAAAAACGGGAAGUUACACGUGUGAGUAUUGUGGAAAACAGUACAAAUACUUCAACCCCUAUCAGGAGCACGUGGCUCUUCACGCUCCGAUGAAAGGAACUUAUGGCCUUAAAAUGGAAGGGAAAAUGUCUAGCCAGUCAGGCCAGUCCAGUCGUGCAGACAUCAACAAUUCCCAGAACUCUAGUGAUACUCCAAACAGCCGGAACUAUACUUCCCUCCCCAGCCCUCAGAAAACCUACACGUGUGGAGCCUGUGGAAUUCAGUUCCAGUUCUACAACAACCUAAUGGAGCACAUGCAGUCCCAUGCUGAAGAAAGAAUAAGUUCGGAACGACAUGAGGCUGAUAAUGAGAACCAUGUUAAAGAUGAGUCUCCGAAGCCUUCCCAAGCACCUGUGGCCACACAGGAGCAGAUGUGGAAAUCUCCUCAGCCGGCACAACAGAGGAACCAUAUACCACCGUCUUUUCAGAACAGAUUACUCCCAGAAAAGGAGAGACAACAAGUGGCAGAACGUUUACUGAGAGUAAUGUGCGUAGACCUUGGCCUUCUUGGCGUUCUCAGCAGCAAAGACUUUCUAAAGCUUGCGCAGACCCUGGUGGACACGGGUUCACGUAAUGGAGCCUACUCCAUUCGCGAAGCCCUGGGAGAUAUGAGCUCGCUGGCAUUAAAACAGCUCCCCCGUAUGUACAACCAGGUCAAAGUGAAAGUCACCUGCGCCCUGGGUUCCAACUCUUCCUUGGGCAUUGCUGUGACCUGCCAUUCGCAGACUAUAGGACCUGACUCCUGCUAUUUGCUAACAGCGUAUCAAGUGGAGGGUGUGCGACUCCGACGCUAUGUGCUGGGACUCAAGGAGGCGUCUUUAAGGGAGAGUCCUGAGCAGAUACACCACUGGGUCCAGAAUGUUCUGUCGGAGUUUGUCAUGUCAGAAAUCCGUACGGUCUACGUGACAGAGCCACGCUUGUCUUCGUUGGCCUUUUGCGGUCGCACCGGAGUUGGCCUUCGUUGCGCAGGUUGCUCUCUAACUGCCACUGUUCAGGCUGUUCUCGGGCGUCGCAGCCUGCAAGCACGAGGACUCCAUGAACUAGGCGAGCUUCUGGCUACGUGUCGCGACAUUGCCGCGACGACCAGCUUCAGUCAUGAAGGGAAAGCAGGGGAAGAGCCUGCCGCUCCGCCCUGCUGGGAUGCGGUUGCGGAGGCCUUGCUCAAGGUUCACGAGAACUUUGAGGCAACCUGUGAAGCGUACGGCCGUUCAAAGAGCACUGUGCCGCUCUUGCAAGGCCUGAACAAGCACCUGCUUGGCACGCUUGCAUGUUUGCUUGCGCCGCUAAGACAGGCAGCACAGGAGCUGAGUGUGGAACGCUGCCCCACACUCCAGCACGUCCUUCCCGUCUACCUCCGUCUUGAAAAACUUUUCACCUCUAAAGCCGGUGAAGUGGGUGCUGGCAGUAAGCUUUGCCACUACUUCCUGGAAGCCCUGAAGGAGAACUUCAAAGUGGAACGAGUCCAUCAAGUCGCAAUGAUCCUGGAUCCACAGCUGAAGCUGCGGCCAGUCCCUGCGUACCAGCAUGAGGAUAUUAUCUCAAGGGUGUGUGACAUGGCUGCUAAUAUGAGGGAAGCAGGAAGCGGUGGUUCUGGAGGUACGUCUCUGGACGAGCGGGAUAACGAAGGGCCGUCAGCACCCAAGCGUGGCCGUCUGGACUGUGGAUUGGAGAGGCCAUCGUGUGAUGCUGAAGAGCCACAGGUACGAAAAGAGUUGUUCCAGUACCUCGGCGAACCACUGUUCAGUGGCACGGGUGACCUGCUGCAGUACUGGAGUUCGGUCAUGGACAGAUACCCCAGGCUGUCACGGUUAGCGCUGUGGUUGUUGGCUGUACCGGCUGUAGCUGUGCAUGGGGAGUGCGUGAGCAUCUGCGAGCAGACCUUAGCCAUGAAGAGAAAGCAGCAGGUCUCUGCGGAGGAGAUGAACAAACUGGUCUUCCUCAAGAGUAAUUUUGCUUGAGACGGCUCAGGGCUUUCAGCUAACGGCACCAUAGACUGUUUGAAAUGGAGACUUUCUGAAGCAAAUGUACGUCACUUCUCUUUACCCCUUCCAAAAAUCCUGAUUUACCGUAAGUGUCUAUCAAUGUGGCACAUGAUAGAGAUUUACAAAGGAAAGGUACAUUUGACAAUUAAUUCUCAAACACCCCUUCAGAUCAUAGCUUGGCAUUGGCAAUGACAACAGAGCAACUCGAUGAAAAUACAGUCUGCCCGAGGACACGGAUGUGAACUUGUGUUUUCGAUGUUUCAGUUGAACUCCCGCUUACAAUUGUGAUGUUUUUAACAGUAUGUGGUUCAUCCAUCCUCCUUUUCUUUCUGUGAACCCAUCUGAAAUUCAGUCAAAGGAUUAUUGAAAUCACUUUCAACUUUACAUCUAGCGAAGGAAAAAACGGGGUACUUAGAAAAAGCCAUUUUUUUUGCAACUACGCCUUUAUGAAAACCACAAACACUCUUUGCUGUGACAGCUAAACAAUACCUCUCUUUAGCAGUUUAUCAGUGGGCAGGUCAAGCUGUAGAGGUGUAAGUCUUGUCUUAGGCAGGCCCUGAUUCAAUAAUCUCAGUUAACCGGUUUGAGUGCGUUAAGCUCUUGUUCAGACUCAGGAGUUUAAGCCCAGCAGAACUCAAUUUAUACUUGGGUCACACUUAAGUAAACUGUUUUGCAAAUAUUUAUUUUCAUUUUUUGUCAGUUCUCACAAUAACGUUGCAAUAAAUGUUACGUAGCAGAAGUUAUACUCUCAAGCUGACUUUGAUGCCUUGCACCUUUGUAGCAGCCUUUUUUCCCCAUUACAGCUCACUGGGAUCAAUACAAUCUGCAAUACCUGAAACAGCCACUUAAACCCCAAGAUUGGAUUUCCAAUAAUAUUGGGUUAUGGAAGUAUAUGGGAAUGAUCUGAUGUUGUGCAAAGUUCUGGUCCAGUUGAUCUGAUCAUCUUUUUUCUUUCUUUUUUCCUGAUUUCUGAAAAAGUGGGAAUAGGGCUAUGAAAUGCAGAAACUGUCUGUCUCUCACUGUCUCAGUACAAACCUCGCUGAACAGAGGCAGCUAAUUGCAUUAUUGUUUGAAUGCAUUUUAAGAGGAUAAAGCUAAACAAAUAUUUCAUUAUUUAUGCACUGGAUUUCUCUUAUUAUUUUCCUCAUUUAUCUCCAGCAGGUAAUUAGAUUAGAGAUAACAUUAACUAGAGAAAACAUUGCCUAGAUUAGGACCAAAGUAUCUUUUAAAAGUAGUUUGUCAUUGUGAAUAAUUGCCAUUUCCAAACAAAUUUGUAGAGUUAUCUCAUAAUACUCAUGCUUCCUCAUAACUGUUUCGCCCUCAUAAAUUUCCACUGCCUUUGAACAACUGUUUAUUUCAAAAUUGUCCUAGUAAACAAACAGAAGUAACGAUUUUCACUUCCAUGAUAAAAUAAAUGAUCUUCAAGAGUAUUUUGCAGUAGUUUUUCCAAGGAAAGAUGUGAUUUAGUAUUAUAUAGUUUGUCUUGUAAUGCCUUGAACAUCUUUGUGUGAUUAUACAGAUAUGCAUGCAGACAAUAUAAGAGUUUUUUUAAUCUUUAAUAAAGUGGCAGAGAUCUACAGGCGUAUAGUCCACAUUCACACAACAGCAGAAUACAGUUGUCAGUCCUGUUUUGAGUGCUAAAUACGGUUCCGUUCAUGCACAGAUCAGUUAUGAAGAGUGACAACCGCAUUCUGUAACAAAAGUGAUUAACUCAGAUUUUCAGGAGUCACAACCAAAUUGAGAGUUCAGUUAUGUGUGCUAAAGGAACGAAACCGCACUCAAGUAGUUGUCAAUUGAAAUGGGUACAGCAUGAGGCGUGCCCUUGGGCCCGUUGACCUCUCAGGUUAUGUAUAAUGGUGUCUCAUGUGGUGGAGUGAGAGUGAGACUUGAGUGUUUAGGAAAUAGACCUACAAGGGGGAAAAACAGAACCGAAGAGUUUUUGACCACAUAUGGACACAGUCUUGAUAUUGACUAUCCUUAUCUGUUCCUAUGGUUACAGGCAUUAUUUGCCAUGCCUAAAUGGGGAUUGACUUUGGUUACCUGCAUAAACGUUAUGCUCUCCUCUGCUGUUGUAGGUACAAAACAAUUUGAAAGUCACACCUGUUCUUAAAUACGGUUGUUAAUCCCAAACACUUGAUGUACGCACCCCGACAUUUUGGAAUUGACUGGGAUACCAUAGCAAAUUUUGGUCUCAUGAUUGUGAACAAGAAUCAUCUACAACAACAGUUUAAACUAUUUUUGCCCGCUAUGUUUGACCAAAGAUUAGCGACCAAAGACGCAUAAUGUUGUGCAAUUUUACCUAAACCUCCAUUGACAAAGGCGCUUGGUGUUUCUUAAUACUUAAGCUGCUGGUUUUAAAUGGCACGCUCUUUGCAGUUGCCUUGUCGUCUUAUUAUAACCGUCUUGCUUUUGGGCUUCCCCAUUAAGUCACUAAAUAUGAGCAACAUACAGUAUUUGGGUUUUUUAGGUUUAUUUUGCCGUAGAGGGAGAGAGAGACUUGUGCGAUUGAGUCAAAACAUGUACCUCUUUUCCUGUGAUUUACUUGUAGAGACUGUUACUCUUUUAAUUGCAUCAUUUCUUUUUUUAGUCAGGAACACUAAAUCAAAGGUCUGCUCCUGGGAACCCACUGUCCUGCAGAGUUUAGCUCCAACCCUAAACAAACACACAUGAACCAGCUAAUCAAGCACUCCUGGAUUGCUUAAAUCAUUUCCUCGCUAACUUCCCUCCGUCUCGUUGACUCGGAUGUACAUCAACGCUUACGUUGCACGAGUGCCCACUACUGGCGGAACCCUUGCGAUGGGUUUAUAUGGAACGCCCUUGAUCACUUGGAAUCUGAUAUGGAGCCUGCUGUGCGAGUUGCUGUUGUGACGUCACAGUUGUGUUGCAUUGUGGUCUAUGAAGUGUACAUAUGAGUAGACUCGCUCCCUCAGUCAAAAUUGAGGGGUCGAGGGCUAGUCCAAAAAACUUCCCUCGCCCACUUGACGAAGUUGAACGCACUUCAAAAUGGUGGCAGGGAUUCCCCCGAGUGGAAGUGCUAAGGGAAAUUUGCAAGUGUAUGUCUAAAAGUUGAGUUAAAUACAGCCAUAAACGUAGCAGGGCAUUGGGUCUCCAGGAGCAGGGUUAAAGACCUCUGCACUAAAUGCUAGGGUUAGCUUUAAAAACGACAACUAGAAACAAAAUAACAAGGCAUCUUUGUAUAUAACAUUAGGCUAUAAACUUAAUGUUUUGCUACACUCGUCAGUCUCCGCCCUCUCUGAAAUAUCUUUUUAAUGAGACUGAGGUUGAUCUAGGUUGACUGAUGUCCAAUUAUGAGCAUUGUUCCAGUCAUUAUCUUCAAUUAGGAUGUGGGAAAGUUCAGAGUUUCAGUCUGUCUGCAAUGCAAAAGCACUCAAGAGAGGAGUAACAACCGUAUUUAGCUCCAGUGUGAAUGAAGCUGUAGGGCCUGAAUUGCUUAAAGUUGGCAUGAAACAGAAGCUGUGAUAGUCGUUUCUUCCGUAUUGUGACACAUCUGAGUCAAACGGCUUCUGGAAUGGGGAAAAAAAGGCCGGGACUUGAUUUUGUCUGUGGGGAAUUGAUUGGAUGGUUGUGGUUUGCUAUUGGUGGAUCUCAUGUGAGUGACAGAUUGCCCCGCCCUCGUCAUCAGAGAAGAGAUGUCGCUGCUAGAGGGAGGGGAAGUUAUUUUGAUUCAAUAUUGAGGCACAUGAAUUUAAAAAAAAUAAUAAUUGUGUGCACGGAUAAUUUAUAUAAAACUGCAAUAUUCCAUAAAAAUUGAUUUCAUGGUAACUAUAAGAGCUUAGUUCAUACAAAACUGAUCUGUUGAAGAGAAACCGAGCAGGGCCGCAUGUUGAUCAGACUUGGUCUCUCACAUACCCCAAAAUACAGAUGUUGAUACUGGCUAGCAUGUGCAGAAAUGUUCAUAUGUAAAAAUGAUUUUGAUAAACCUGGCCCAGAUAUAGAAACAGCUGCUGUUGAAUAUUGUUGUCUUUCUCUGUAACCACAAGGGGGCAGAAGUGUCUCAGAAAUCUGUCUUUGCAAAGAGUCUCCAAAACAUCUUACCUCUGUUUUCUAAUCAAACAUUUAAACUAUUUUGAUGAACUCGGUCUAUGAAUAUGUCGGACUUCAUGAAGGUUUUCCUUUCUUUCUGUGUGUUUUUUUUUUUUUCUUUCCUGAAUGAAUGUGUGCAUUUCUAGGGAAACAUGAAAACUGGUAAAAUGCUCUUGAGCAGCAGUCAAGUUUGUGUUGACAAAUACUAUCUCUGAAAGUAUAAAACACUGUUUCAAUCACAACUAUUUAUGGAUGUACAACAGUUAUUAAUAUCACUCAUUCUGUUUGUUUGAGAAGGGUUUUUUUCUCCCCAUUGUAGUCCAGCCUACAUUUGUCUUUGACAGGCAUUUUUCUGAUUUUGUGUAUUGAGUUGUUUCAGCUGUAGGUCUAAUUUAUACUUUUUUAACAACACUAUUUUUCUAAACAUGACUGAUAGAGUUUUUCUCUCCUUAUCAACUGUCAGUAGUACACUGCGCUGUUCUCAGAAUCUAUCUACUCCUGUAGUAUGUGCUGUGUGAAUAAAAUAUCCUCAAACAAGCAAAAAACACAAAA